AUGAUCCCUGCCGGCGGAGCCGACUUACCGUUCUUCUCGCACCAAUACUCCUCCGAGUCCAACGACAGGGCAAGAGAGGAAGAGCUGACCUCCGACGACGCGGCGGCGCAGACGUCAUCCUCGUCGUCGUCGCCGUCGUCAUCGUCGUCGCCGGCGUACAGGGGGGUGAGGAAGAGGCCGUGGGGGAAGUUCGCGGCGGAGAUAAGGGACUCGACGAGGAACGGGGUGAGGGUGUGGCUGGGGACGUUCGACAGCGCCGAGCAGGCGGCGAUGGCCUACGACCAGGCCGCAUUCGCCGUCCGGGGACCCAUGGCGGUGCUCAACUUCCCGGUGGAGAGGGUGAGGGAGUCGCUGGAAGGGAUGAACUGCGGCGGCGGCGGCGGGAUGUUCGACGAUCAAAAAGCCGACGCCGGGUGCUCGCCGGUGCUGGCCCUGAAGCGCCGCCACUCCGUCCGGAGGAAGUCAACGUGUAAGAAGAGCAAGGACCGGCGGCCGGCGCCGGGGAAGCAGUUGUUGGGAGGUGCAGCUACGACAGCGACGGCGGCGGCGGGGCAGAGCAAUGUGGUGGUGCUAGAGGAUCUAGGAGCGGAAUAUUUGGAGGAAUUGUUGAGGGCUUGUACCGACAACCAUCGCUAG